AAACCGAUCUCUGAGUGUCACCUCAUGAGAGAGGGUGAUGUGAACCUUAUUUCUCUGUGAAGUUUCGUGAUGCAUAAGUUAACCCUUUCGUGAGACGUGGUCACUUUAGACAAAGUGGCUAAUUCUCGGUGAAGCUAGUGUGGAGAUGAGAACAAAAAUGGUAGAUUUUCCUUAAGCAUCAGACUUGGUGCCACAGGCUUGAUGCCGGAGCCUCGCGAGUAUUAAAUUAGCGGGGAUUUAUAAAAACGGGAGAAAAGUUCUGUCUUAAGACGAGAGACCAUUUUUGGCCUUCCGCCGUAAGACAGUAUAGUGUGUUCCAGACGCAUCUCCCCCUCCCCCCCCCCCACACCCACACCCACACCCACACCCACGUCAAUGUCCGUCAAGAAGGCAGUAAAUUUUAGUUCCUUUGUGAGAAGAGCUCAUCCUCCACGAAGCACUGUAUUACUCAAAUCCCUAUGCAAUCCAUAAAUCGUAUAUGAUCCACGCCCUCGCAGAAACGAUGAACCCCAGCAAGACCGUGGCGACCUUCCUCCGCACCCUGACUCGACACCACCUCCAAUCACCCCACCACCUCCAGUCAUCCCGCCACCUCGGCCGCGCGAGCGCCCGCCGCGAACGCCGCCUCCAGGGCCCCACCUCCCCCCUCCACCCCUCCGAGACCGAGCGCCUCCAGGUCCCCCGCUUCCGCGACGCCGCCGCGACCAGCGAGGAGCUGCGCCGCCGGCUCGGGGAGGAGCCCCGGGCCCCCCCGGACGCGAGGAGCGUCGGCGUCGUCGUCCUCGGCGCCCCCAACGCGGGCAAAUCCACCCUCGUCAAUCAGCUCAUGGCUGUCAAGGUUUGCUCCGUGUCGAAGAAGGUGCACACGACCCGGAAAAAGGCUCGCGCCAUCCUCAUCGAGGGAGACACCCAGGUCGUCUUCCUGGACACCCCCGGCCUGGUCACAAAGUGGCAAGCCCAAAGGCACCGUCUGGGGAAGGAAUUCCUGGAGGACUCGGACGCGAGCGCGAAAGCGGCGGACGUGCUGCUGGUGCUUCACGACGCGAGCAAUCACUGGACGCGGGACGCCCUGGAUCGGAAGGCCCUGAGGAUCCUGCAUCUCUUCCCGGGGAAGGAGAGCGUGCUGGUGUUCAAUAAGGUGGAUCUGCUGAGGUCGAAGAGGAAGCUGCUGGAUCUGGUGAGGGUCCUGUCCGAUGGGGUCAUCGGGGGGAGGAGCGUCGCCUUUCGCGUGCAGCGGCCCGGCAAGCGUCCGGACGGUCCAGGAGGAAGAACAGAGACGGUGCAGGAAAUGUUGGAAGGACUGAGGAAGAGGCAGUGGAGCGAGGAGGAGGUGCGGGAGCACGUGAAGACGAGGAAGGGCUGGCCGGGCUUCUCCUCCGUCUUCAUGGUCUCCGCGCUCACCGGGGACGGGUGCCGGGGGUUGAAGGUGGGUGGGCCGUUGCUUCUUCUUGUCACCGUCGCCCGAUGGUGGCAUGUAGUUGUCGCCAUCUGGCUGUCGCCAUCUUCAGAUGGUGGCAUCUAG